AUGGGUUGUAAUUCUUCUUCUCUGAACAAACUCCAAGUGCCAGAAGUCCGUGCAUCCCGUUCGAACACUCCAGCUUCUCAGAAAUCCAGCGAUCAAUCGUACAGCCAUAUCAGACUCCUUCUUCUUGGAUCCGCCGAAAGUGGAAAAACAACGGUCCUGGAACAAGUUCGUCUGCUCUAUAAACAACAUUUUACCGAGUCAGAGUAUUUUCAUCGACGAGCAUUCAUUUAUCAUAACAUCUUCAAAUGCAUCAAAUCUCUGUGUCGAGCGAUGAAAAUGUCGGAUAUCGGGUUUGCUGACCCGAUUAAUAUGGGCCGCUCUCAAUCAAUUAUAGCUGAUGAAGAAAAUCACUAUGGAAUUUUUUCAAAGGAACUCGCAGAAAAAAUAAAGUGCAUUUGGGCGGAUAAGUCGAUGCAAUCUCUAUAUGCGCGAAGGAGUCAGUUCAAUUUGAAUGAUUCUGCUGCAUAUUUCUUGAACAACCUGGACAAGAUUAAUACUCUUGACUAUAAGCCGUCUGAUAGAGAUCUCAUAAUGGCUUAUGUGCCGACUUGUGGAGUUCAGAACGUCAUUUUCACUGCAAGCAAUCAGUCGUUCCAAUUAUUUGACAUCGGGGGACAGAAAAUUGAUAGGCGGAAAUGGGCCACACAAUACGAGGGAAUCGAUGCGAUAUUCUUUUGUUUGGCCAUUUCGGAGUACGACCAAAAAAUGAAUGAGGAUAUGGUUACGAAUCGUUUGGAUGACGCUCUAAAGUUGCUUGAAACAAUAAGUGAGGAACCAAUGUUCGCAACCACACCCAUAUAUUUGUUCCUCAACGAAAUUGAUGUAUUCUGCGAGAAACUUGAUGUCAUUCCUCUUUCAAACUACAGGAAAGACUUCCCAGGCGGAGAUCAAGACGAUGCUCUCGAUUUUAUGGAGAAUUUGGCAGUGGCGGCUCUUGGAAAACGGGACAAAUCACUAUACCGUGUCUACCGGUGUAUUGCCAUCGACACCCAGAUGAUGGCUGAACUUCUCUCGACCGUUUUUAAAGAUAUUAUGAAACGGAAAAGAUAA